AGGAGCGGCGGUUCCUCCCAGCAGCAAGAGCCACACCGCUCACAGGGAAAGCUUUUCUUCUCACAGCAGCAGCAGCGGGGUUUUCUGACUGCACACACCGGAUAUUCAACACAUUAAAAACACACACUCACGUCUGAAAGCGGCGAGAGAAGAAGGACACCGUGCUCGGGUCGUGUAUCCCUCCCCAUCCCGCCUCUUUCAAUCCAGGCGUCGUUGCCUUUCUUUUCAUUUUCAUUUUUUUUUUUUUUUUUUUUAAAUUUUGGUAUUUUUCCCUCACAGUUUUAUCUGUGGCGCACUCAGGUUUUCUUUUGCUGACAUGGUAGAUUAUCACGCUGCCAAUAAUCAGUAUUCGGCCGGCGGUCAACAGACCUACAUGGAGCAAGAGAAUGACUGGGACCGGGACCUGCUGCUGGACCCGGCCUGGGAGAAACAGCAGAGGAAGACGUUCACAGCGUGGUGUAACUCCCACCUGCGGAAGGCCGGCACUCAGAUCGAAAACAUCGAGGAGGACUUCAGGGAUGGGCUCAAACUCAUGCUGCUGCUGGAGGUCAUCUCAGGCGAACGGUUACCCAAGCCCGAGCGAGGAAAGAUGAGAGUUCACAAGAUCAACAACGUGAAUAAAGCUCUGGACUUCAUUGCCAGCAAGGGUGUCAAACUUGUCUCCAUUGGAGCAGAGGAAAUCGUGGACGGAAACGCCAAGAUGACCCUGGGAAUGAUCUGGACCAUCAUCCUCCGCUUCGCCAUCCAGGACAUCUCUGUAGAAGAGACCUCUGCUAAGGAGGGUCUUCUCUUGUGGUGCCAGAGGAAAACCGCUCCCUACAAGAAUGUCAAUGUGCAGAACUUCCACAUUAGCUGGAAGGACGGCCUCGCCUUCAAUGCUCUGAUCCACAGACACAGACCCGAACUCAUCGAUUACGACAAGCUCAGAAAGGAUGACCCAGUGACCAAUCUGAACAAUGCCUUCGAGGUGGCUGAGAAAUACCUGGACAUCCCCAAAAUGUUGGACGCUGAAGACAUCGUGGGUACGCUGAGGCCGGAUGAGAAAGCCAUUAUGACCUAUGUAUCUUGCUUCUAUCACGCCUUCUCUGGUGCUCAGAAGGCUGAGACAGCCGCCAAUCGUAUCUGCAAAGUGCUGGCUGUCAACCAGGAGAACGAGCACCUGAUGGAGGACUACGAGAAACUGGCCAGUGAUCUGCUGGAGUGGAUCCGUCGAACUAUCCCCUGGCUGGAGAACCGAACCCCAGAGAAAACCAUGGCUGAGAUGCAGCAGAAACUGGAGGACUUCAGAGACUACCGCCGUGUCCACAAACCACCCAAGGUCCAGGAGAAAUGUCAGCUGGAGAUCAACUUCAACACUCUGCAGACUAAACUGAGACUCAGCAAUAGACCUGCCUUCAUGCCAUCAGAGGGACGCAUGGUUUCUGACAUUAAUGGAGCGUGGCACACUCUGGAGGGAGCAGAAAAGGGCUACGAGGAGUGGCUUCUCAACGAGAUCAGACGUCUGGAGAGACUUGAUCACCUGGCUGAGAAAUUCCGUCAGAAGGCGGCCAUCCAUGAAUCCUGGACUGAUGGUAAGGAAGCCAUGCUGACCCAGAAAGACUACGAGACCGCCUCCCUGUCAGAAGUCAAGGCGUUACUACGGAAACACGAGGCCUUCGAGAGCGACCUGGCAGCCCAUCAGGACAGAGUGGAGCAGAUCGCCGCCAUUGCACAAGAACUGAACGAGCUGGACUACUACGACUCUCCCAGCGUCAACGCUCGCUGUCAGAAGAUCUGCGAUCAGUGGGACAGCCUGGGAGCCCUCACCCAGAGCCGCAGGGAGUCACUGGAGAGGACAGAGAAGCAGCUGGAGUCGAUAGAUGAGCUCUACCUGGAAUACGCCAAGAGGGCGGCACCCUUCAACAACUGGAUGGAGGGAGCUAUGGAGGACCUGCAGGACAUGUUCAUUGUCCACAACAUUGAGGAGAUCCAGGGUCUGAUCACAGCUCACGAGCAGUUCAAGUCAACCCUGCCAGACGCCAACAAGGAGCGAGAGGCCAUCCAGGCCAUCCAGGCUGAGGUGCAGAAGAUCGCCCAGUACAACGGUAUCAAGCUGAGUGGAACCAACCCCUACACCACCAUCACACCUCAGAGCAUCGACAACAAAUGGGAACAGGCACAGCAGCUGGUGCCCCAGCGUGACCAGGCCCUUCAGGAAGAGCUUUCCAAGCAGCAGUCCAACGACCAUCUGAGACGCAAGUUCGCCACUCAGGCUAACAUGGUCGGCCCCUGGAUACAGACCAAGAUGGAGGAAAUUGGCAGGAUAUCCAUUGAGAUGAACGGCACUCUGGAGGACCAGCUGACCAACCUGAGGGAGUACGAGCAGAGCAUCAUUGAGUACAAGCCCAACAUCGACCAGCUGGAGGGAGACCAUCAGCUCAUCCAGGAGGCCCUCAUCUUUGACAACAAAUACACUGCCUACACAAUGGAGCACCUCCGUGUGGGCUGGGAGCAGCUGCUCACCACCAUCGCCAGAACCAUCAAUGAGAUUGAGAACCAGAUCCUGACACGUGACGCCAAGGGCAUCAGCCAGGAGCAGCUCCACGAGUACCGUGCCUCCUUCAACCACUUCGACAAGGACCACAGCGGGGCCCUGAUGGCCGAGGAGUUCAAGGCCUGUUUGAUCAGUCUGGGCUACGAUGUGGAGAACGACAAGCAGGGUGAUGCUGAGUUUGCUCGCAUCAUGGGCAUAGUUGACCCCAACAACAGUGGUGCCGUCACCUUCCAGGCCUUCAUCGACUUCAUGUCCAGGGAAACGACCGACACGGAUACCGCAGACCAGGUCAUCGCCUCCUUCAAGAUCCUGGCCGGGGAUAAGAACUACAUCACUCCUGAGGAGCUGAGGAGAGAACUCCCCCCCGACCAGGCGGAGUACUGCAUUGCCCGAAUGGCGCCAUACUCGGGUGCUGACGGCAUCCCUGGAGCCCUCGACUACAUGUCCUUCUCUACUGCCCUGUACGGAGAGAGCGACCUGUAAAGGAGCCGAGAGGAAGAAGAGGAGAGGCUGGACAGAGGAAGAGGAAGUGAGGGAGAGGAGGAAGAAGGGGGAGGGAGGUAGAGAGAGAGAGAGGUCUUCUACGUGGCGGAAAUACGCCAGGAAAUCGAGCAUUUUUGGAAGAAUUUGAGUGGUGGUUGUGAGGUGCCCCUGCGUGUGCCGGUUUUAGAAAUCAUCAGAAAUUUGUAAGAGUCUUUGAGCUUGUUGAUUUGAACUGUAGUUAGAUUUGGCCUUUGCUGAAUGUUUUUCCAGUUCCUGUAUCACUUAAACAAAUUGAGAGUAAUCACGGUUAAUUUGACGUAAAGGUGUUAAUAAGAACAGGCAUAUCCAGGGGCAGCUGUGAAGACAGGGAACAGUUGCUCUGUAGUGCGGGUCUUUAACUUCACCCUCUCUGCCUUUGGGGGGUCAAACAGGGGAGGG